CCCGGAAAGGACCCACAGCUCCGAGCUCCGCCUUUUACUCUCGGCCGAGAGAAGUCAGCCAAUGCUUUGCUAGUCCAGGCCGGGUUUUCAAGCAUCAAGACGGAAGUAACGGGAGCCGCCAGUUCCAGGGCCUGCACAGGGAAAGCAGUGGGGAGUGGGGGGAGGUGGCAGACGCAGGGUAGGAAUGGCGGCUCAAAUUCCCAUUGUGGCCACCCCUUCCACUCCAGGAAUAGCUCGGAACAGCAAGAAGAGGCCCGCCAGUCCUUCCCACAACGGCAGCAGCGCCGGGGGAUAUAGCGCCAGUAAGAAGAAAAAAGUGUCUGCCUCUAGCUUUGCGCAGGGUAUCAGCAUGGAAGCCAUGAGUGAGAAUAAAAUGGUGCCCUCUGAUUUUAGCACAGGACCUAUGGAAAAGGCUGCCAAACCUUUGCCAUUUAAGGAUCCCAACUUUGUGCACUCUGGCCAUGGUGGUGCGGUAGCUGGCAAGAAGAAUAGAACCUGGAAGAACCUGAAACAAAUUCUCGCUGCUGAGAGGGCGUUGCCAUGGCAACUGAACGAUCCUAACUACUUCAGUAUUGAUGCUCCUCCAUCCUUUAAACCAGCUAAGAAGUAUUCUGAUGUUUCAGGACUUCUUAAUCUCCUGGAGCCCACCUACCACUGCGGUCCCAUGUGGGUCUGGUGCUCUGACCUUCUCCCCACGCCCCACCACAGUGACCCUAGAGUGCUUCUGGGGAACACAGUUUGAAAACCAGCAGCGUAGUUGGACGAGUAGGAUAUGGGCCAGUCACUGAACCUCAGGAGCCUCUGAGCACCUCAUUUCCUUCUUCUCCGGAGGCAGGCGGAGUGUGGGACUCUCAGCUCACCUUCUUCAUCCUUUUCAUCAGUGUUAAAUUCGGGAAAUGGGCUUUUUCUCAUUACUGUAGAAAUAAUAAGGCACUUCACUUUUUAAAACUCAUACCGUUCAUUUAAAUGCUUUACUUUGUAUGAAAAUGUAUGACUCCAACUUCUGAAACAAACUGAAUUAAUGAUGUCUGUUCUACUUUGGGAAAGAUUUGAGUUUUUAUUAUAUUUUUUAAAAUAGUCUUAUACUCUCUGAAUUAGUCAUAUGUUUUAGCUUUUCUUCCAGAGAGCACACACUCCUCAGUGUACUACAAACUUUUUAACAUAGACCCUUAAAUAUAGUGAUCCUAAAAAACGAUAGGGAAAGUGGAAGUGCGAUAAAAUGGUGUGUGCGUGUGUGAUGGGUUUUUUUCACAUCCAUUCACAGGCAUAUAUCUCCUCCUAAAUGCCCCCUGAGGGGACUUCAACUUGAGAGAAAUGUUGUAGUUUUACGCUAUCUCUUGUCUACUGCCUGAAAAUAGUUGUCUCAUGUAUUUGACUCAUUUUAAUAGUUGCUUAUGGUAAGAGAGCUAGUCUGGCACCAGUUAUUCUCUUAGGGCCCAGAGUGGAGAUUUCUCCCUGUGACAUUUUGUGCUGAGCUCAUGGAAGCUGUGGUUUAUGGCCAGACUUGGAGGGUGGCCCCUUGGAGCGUAUUUUAUCCUCACCAUCAGCAGGCAGUGCAUCUGUGGUGCAAUGGCUUUCACACAAUAGGAGGCAUGAGAAUCAUCCUGAGAAGCAUUGUUCCUGGCCCCUUUAUGCCAUCGGCAAAGGGCUUGUCAUGACAGGCAACCUCUUGUGCCACUGUAUGUAAGAAUUAAGAAAUUCUGAAUAUAUAGAGAACUCCACCAAAUCAUUGAAAGCCAACCCCAUAGGAGAAUUGCCUAAAAGGAUAUGAAGAGACAGUUACAAGGAGGAGAUACGGAUGACCACUAAGUAGAUAUUCCCCCUUCCUGAUAAUUAGGAAAAAGACUCAUCAGGGAGAAGAAAUGAAGACAUUUGAUUGUUCCCGGCGUAGAGCAGCGGGUAUCCUCACACCCUGCUGUUUUGAGCGGGGAAUCUGCAUUGGUGCGCAUUUCUUGGAGGGCAGUUUGACACCACGUGUUGAGACAAAAACGCAAAGCCUGUGACCCAGCAAUUUGCCCUCUGGGCAGCUCCCUGGAGAAACUCUGCACAAGGAGCUUCAUGCAGUAAUGCUUGUGAGAAAAUGUGUUAGUAGAAUAUUAGAAAUAACAUAAAACAGCAUCAACAACAACAUAAAAGUCAGCCAGCGGUGGGCCAUGGGGAGGACUUGGGGGGUGUUCAUACUAUUCUGCGAGCUUGAUGUAUAUGUAACAACAUGGAUAAACUUCCAAGACAUAUUGUUUACUGAAAGGUGCAAAGCAUUAUAAACAGCCUGGUCCCACUUAAGUAAAAAUCAAUACGCACUCACAAAAAAAUUGGGCAGUUUCUCUGGUGUGUUUAUACGUGUGUGCAAGGGUGUAUAUAAACAAGGUCUGGAAGGGUGCCCACCUAACCAUGGUUCCUCAGGGUAGGGCAAAGGACUUUUGCAUGGUGGACGGUGGUAAAAGGGAACUUUAGUCUUCUUCAUAAUGUUUUCUUUUUCUUUUUAGAGGAGGAUAUGUUUAUCUGUUACUUGUAUAAAUUAAAGUUAACGUAAUUAAAAAA